AGAGGCGGAAGUGAGCGCCACACCUCGAGCCUGACAGGCUUCUGAAGCCAGCAGGAUGAAUGUAUGGGUGGCACACAGCGAAGUAAACCCCGACACUCAAGUGAUGAAUAGCCAGCGCAUCUGGCUGGCCUACAUCAUCUUGGCAGGACUGUUGCAUGUGGUUCUACUCAGCAUCUUCUUCUUCAGCAUCCCUGUUGUCUGGACCCUGACCAACGUCAUCCAUAACCUGGCUAUGUAUGUCUUCUUACAUACAAUGAAAGAGACACCCUUUGAGACCCCUGACCAAGGAAAGGCUCAGCUACUGACACACUGGGAACAGAUGGACUACGGGAUCCAAUUUAUCUCUUCCCGCAAAUUCCUCAGCAUCUCUCCUAUUGUACUCUACCUCCUGGCCAGCUUCUAUGCCAAGUAUGAUGCUGUUCACUUCCUCAUCAACACAGCCUCACUGCUUGGAGUAUUGUUGCCUAAGUUAUCCCAAUCCCAUGGGGUUUGUCUCUUUGGAAUCAAAAAUACUGAAGGAUGGGGCUGGGGAUGACAAAGGGCUGUAACAUCUUUUCCUUCUCCUUAUAGUCUUCUUUAUCUUGAAAGCCCGAGAACUAUACAACCUUUCCCAAACUCCCAGGAAGAGAACAGAUAGGAAAAUGGAGCUCCCUGGGCCCAGCCCUGCUAACAGCAGAUUUCUUUGAAUCAGGAAAGGUGGGAAAGAUAAGGGCCAAAUCACUCUCUUCCACAGCAGGAAGCCAUGUUUGGGCAGCUUGUU